CUGCUCUAUCAUCUUUUUUCCCUCGAUGGACCGUUUGAGAUCAUUCCGCAAUUCCAUAUUCCUGCUGCUCCUCGGGAUAGCUUCGACAUUGUCCCCAUGUUCACUGUCAAAUUGAACAAACACUCAGUCCUGUUCAUUGAGGUCAGACCACCCGCAUCAUUUCGUCUGGAUUCCAAACGCCAAGAAGCUGACAGACAGAUGCGGGAGCAUUUCCGCGACCUCCACUCUGAUGUCGUCACUCCUACUCUCCCUGGCAUCAGCGCUUUCGGAACUCUUCUCUCAUUCUACCACUACGAUAAGGCAACCAACUCCGUCACCCCUCUCGCAAUUGCCCCCGAUCCCAACAUUAUGACUGAUGCUGCACCUAAGAGUCACUGGGAUUGCGAUAUUUUGGAUGUUGCUGGUGUAACUCGUUUUCGCAAGAUGGCCAACGAGGUCAAAGCGAUGUGUGCACAGCUCAUGGAU